AUGGACAGGACCGAGUACCCGGCCAUGCUGCCGCAUCUCACGCCGAAUCAGGCCGCACAAGUCCUCAACGACCGAAUCAAGCGCAUCGGCAAGGUAAACAAUGAGAUAGCCGACUGGCUCCAGGAGCGCCGUCGCAUCGAAGAACAAUACGUCGCAGGCCUGCGCAAGCUUGCCCAAUUUAAAGUCCCCAAUGCGCAGUCGGAGCUUGGCGUCUUCCAAACGCCUUGGGCUCGCAUCCUUGGUGCCGUCGAGCGCAUCGCGCAGUCUCACCUUCAAUUCGCCGACGGCAUUGAGCGAGACGUCGCGGAGCCUCUCCGCGACUUCCAGCAGCGAAGCGAUGUGCAGAAUAUAAAUACAAUCUCGGCCAACCUGACCAACCUCGGCAGGGACCUCGAAGACGCCCGCGACAAGGCCGGCAAGCUGAACAAAAAAGGUGGCAAGACCAACGCCCAGAAAAUCGACGCUGCUUCUACGAAACUCGAGUCGGCUCAGCAGGAGUGGGAUUCCCAGGCUCCCUUUGUAUUCGAGACGCUGCAAGCUCUCGACGAGUCCCGCGUCAACCAGCUCCGAGACGCUCUCACACAGUACCAGACUCACGAAUCCGAUCAGGCGCAACGAACACAAACCAUCGCCGGGGAGACGCUUGCCGUCACCAUUGAGAUUGAAACAGAGUCGGAGAUCCGGGGGUUUGUCCACGGUACCGUUGGUGACCGACCGGCUGCUCCGACGAGAAGUUCGACUCGACGCUCGUCCGUUGGAGCCGCUGCGAAUAACGCUUUCCAAGCUCCGGCCACGCCGUCCCGCGAAAAUACCAUGAACAGCAUUAACAAUAACAACAACCUCACCCCUACGCCCUCUGUGCCGCAAUCAGUGCCCGAAGAGGACUCCUUUGAUCAAUCACCGGCGCCUCAAAAAGAAUCCAAGCUCCGACGACUCGGUACGAUCCUCGGCGGACGACGUCGCCAGAGUGUGCACGGUGGCUUCGGGCAGCUUGGGUCUCAAAAGGCUGCCGCUCCCAACUUCGGACGCCUUGGCAGCAGCGGGCGCGGCAUCUCACCCCGGGCCUCUGCGAGCAACCUGACCGAAUCAAACAGACUAUCUUCGCUCGCUGAAGAUGCACCCGACUCCCCCAUUCGUCCCAAGACUGGCGGCGACAGGCCCAACGGCCACGCCAACGUCGACGCCGACGCCCCGGCCCUGCCAAUACUUGCCGCCACCAAUGGAUCGCUGAUGGACAACGCCGAGCCCUCACAAGCCCAUGCUGCCCAAGUGUCAUCGCCACAAAAGGAUGCCGAGGGCUUCUCUGUCAGAGCGCCCAUGCACGAUCCAAUAAGCGAGGCGCAAAGAGAAGCUGCGAGUGAUGAUCCUGACCAGCCGUUUAAGCUGAGCAUCCAGAAUCAGCCCAUCUCCGAGGAAGACCCCGAAGAGAAGCUGGCUGCCUUGUCCAGCGUGGCCAACACUCUCAAGCUCAACUCGACGACGGCGCAGCGCUCUCGCACGGUCCGCGGCCGCCGGGACGUUAGGAACACCAUUUACAACCCGGCGAGCGGCCUGCCCGAAGCGCUGUCCGACAGCUCCCUGGCCUCGCUCCCAUCGCCGAAGCCCAUUGCGGCUUCGACUCUGACCUCGGAACCCAGCAUCACCGGCGUCUCUGAUUCGCAGUCUGUCCGAUCCGGCACCUCUCUCGGCAACUUUGCCCACAUCAAGCACCCGGACAUGAACGGCCCUGGCCUCAACUCGUCCAUCAUUGAAACGGUGUCUGCGCAGUUUGACAAUGGCGAGAUUAAGAACAUUUCCAUUGCUGGAGAAAUUGCCUUUGCUUACAACAGCAGCGACGGCAACGACAAGACCCACGAAACCAUCCGCAUCAACAAUUUUGCCCGUCUGGAAAAGAUUGGCCCGAACCGCAUCUUUGUGCAAAACGCAUCGAUAGAGCACCCCGACCAGUUUGCCCUCGAGCUGUCCCACAUCCCCAAGACGUCGACGGCCUUUUCCUACCGCGUCUUUGCCGACGAGAGCAGCCCGCUGGCCCUCAGCGGCUUCGUGCCGCUCAUCAUCAAGCCCGCGUGGAAGCCGCAGGGUGAUAAGCUCGGCCUGCUGCUGCAGUACCAGCGCAACCCGUCCUGCACCCUGUCCGGCCCGCUCACGCUGCACAAUGUCGUCUUCAUCGCCACCUACGAGGGCCGGGCCACCGGCGCCCAGACCAAGCCCAGCGGUACCCACCUCAAGGACAAGCACCUCGUCUACUGGCGCCUGGGUGACGUCGUCCUCGGCGACAACGACGCGAUGCACAAGAUUGUCUGCCGUGUCCUGGGCGCCGACGGCACGGAGCCCCUGCCGGGACACGUCGAGGCCCGCUGGGAGUACGCCACCGCGGGCACUGUCGCCACUGCGUCGGGCAUCUCGGUCGCGCGCCUGGCGGACGACGUCAAGGGCAAGGGCAAGGAGGUCGCCCACGAUCCCUUUGCCGAUGCGGAUGCGGCGUCGGAAACUGCUGCUGGACAGAGCUGGGUCGACGUGCCCCUGACGAGGAAGCUCGUCAGUGGUAAAUAUGAGAGCAAGUAA